GAUGGCAGACCACAUCUUGUUAAAUUCCUUCAAGAGGGUCGCCAGUAUCCCCUUCCCCCAUCUGCUCAGGACUCUGGUGCGUUUCCUUGCUAUAGAGAACAAAGAAAUUACACAGAAUGACUCACUCUCAAGCUGAAAGUGUCAUAAAGAAUAUCAUCCGUGAAAUAGGACAAGAAUGUGCCAUGAAAGGUCAAACCGUAUCAGAAACUCUGGUGGCAUUCAUGGUGAAAGCUGUUGUAUUGGAUCCAAGGAAUGGAUUUAAUGUGGACAGGACCCUUACAAAGGCUGAUGUGCAAAAACUUAUUAAGCUUUCCAUUGAAAGACUGCUUGACACAAGCAAUCCAUCCCUGGACACUAUUAAGAUGCAAGUUUAUUUUGAUAUGAACUAUAUCAGUCGAGUUGAGUUAAUCAAGGAACAGCAUCGUGUUUUGGAUUCUCGCCUUGCUCCAGUGGGCAGAGAAAUUACAGAUAGCCGUGCUCGUACCAGAGAGGAAUUGGAAAGUGUUUAUCGAAAAAUUGUCAGCUAUGUCCUGCUGCGCUCUGGCCUUGGAUCCCCUACAGACAUCAAGGUCAUUAGAGAGGCAACUGCUGCCCUGCAGAGUGUCUUCCCUCAAACAGAACUUGCUGCUUUCCUCUCCCUUUCAAAGAAGGAGAAAGAGAGGCAGUUGAAGGAGCUCACCAUGAUUGUCACAGGAAUUCGGCUAUUCAACAAGGAGUGUGGGAAGGGAGGAGAAGGCAUUGAUGAGUUACCAGCUAUUCUGAAUGAAGCUAUCCCAGCAGCCAACCACCAUAUAGAAAUAGAACUGCAAGCUUCCAAGGAUUUGGCGUACCAAUACACAGCCUUGAUUGAAAUGAUGCACCUGAGUCAAAAUGCUGAGAUAGAACUUAAAACGACAAUGUUAAAAGAAGUCCUGUACAACGUGAGACAACACGAGGCUUUCCUCUGCAUCAUUCUGUCUGAUGUGAUCACAUGUGCACAAGAAGUUGAUAUGAUGCAGAAGCAGUUUGCAGCACAGAUGGAGCACUUAAAAAGUAUUGUUCAGGCAAAGACAGCAGUGCCUACGUCUCUGGUUUAUCCUAUAUUUAUUGCACUUUCUAACCUUUGGACCAGUUUUCAAGACGAGAUCCUGGUGCUGAGUUUCCUCAAUAACUUGACUAUCAAUCUCCAGCAGUUCCUAGGAGCCCACUCAGUGAUUUUUCCAGAAGAUGUGAUGGAAUCUCUUCUUGAAGAUAUUAUUGUAAAAACUGACGAAGAAAGGUUAAAAGAAAGUGCUGAUAGCAAAGUAAAUCCUGCUGACUUUACCGUAGAAGAGUGGCUCGUCCCAGAAACCACCAUUAAUUUCAGCCAAGUGCAAAUUCAGUACCAUGGGUUUUGUGCUUACACUUUUGCCGUGAAAGAUGGUCUUCUUAUCCCAGCGAACCUUGCUGUUGGAAUCCUGAAGUUUCGGGAGAAAUACUAUGCCUUUAGUUCCAAGGAAGCGGCAUAUAAUUUUGCCAAGAAUCCAGAGAAAUGCGUUAAGAUGAUUGCAGAAAAAGCAAAGGAAUCUGCAGAGCUUAUUCAGCUGCUUGAACUUCAUCAGCAAUUUGAAUCCCUUGCCCCUUAUUCUCAGAUCAGAGCCAAAGACAAGAAGAGUAUGAAACCCAUCACAAAAUGUGACACCAGUACUCAGACGGAUGUCCAUAUUUUGCCACCAAAUAUUGUGAAGAACUAUGAGUGGAAUGAAUGGGAACUGAGAAGAAAAGCCAUCAAACUGGCAAACUUGCGUCAAAAGCUAACUCACUCAGUGCAGACCAAUCUAAGUCACAUGAGAAGAGACAACUGCAGCCAGGUGUACCCACUGAAGGAUAAUGGCACACAGACCAAGCGUGAAAGCAAUACUAAUGUACCCAAACCUCAGAUUUUCCUGGCUGGUCUCCGUGGAGGAACACCUCCAACUACCCACAUGAUCAAAAUCAACUUAACAAGAGCAGUUGAUGAAACAUAAAUGACAAGUCCUUCAAUAAAUGAACUUUAAAAACAAAAAACAAA